AACUCCACCGCGGUUUGUCUCCGUCUAAUUUAAAGCCGACUGGGAAACGGAGCGCGAGCUGCAAUUAGACGAGCUCAAGGUGCAUGAGAACCGUCGCGCGCAGAAACCAAAGAUAAACUGUGAAAAGGUGUGUGGAAGCCCGGGAGCGCGCGGAGUUGGAGGUGUUUGGUGAGGAGCUUCUUGAUGCCCAGCGGAUUCUCUGAGACUCGGAGCUGCUGAUCGGAUCGGAGUCCGCGGCCAUGGGGGAGCAGCCGAUCUUCACCACCAGGGCCCAUGUGUUCCAGAUUGAUCCCACCACCAAAAAGAACUGGGUUCCUGCCAGUAAACAGGCCGUCACCGUCUCGUACUUCUACGACAGCACACGCAACAGCUACCGCAUCAUCAGCGUGGAUGGGUCUAAGGUCAUCAUUAACAGCACCAUCACUCCCAACAUGACGUUCACCAAAACCUCACAGAAGUUCGGACAGUGGGCCGACAGUCGGGCAAACACAGUGUUUGGCCUGGGCUUUGCUUCAGAACAACAGCUAAUGAAGUUUGCGGACAAGUUCCAGGAAGUAAAGGAGGCGGCCAAACUCGCCCGAGACAAAUCUCAGGAGAAAAUGGAGACUUCCAGCAACCACUCACAGGAGUCAGGAAGGGAGACUCCAUCAUCCAAUCAGGUGUCCAGCAUGAACGGGACAGACGAUGAGAAAAUCUCGCACACGCCCGACACCAUGGCGCUGAAAAGCGAGAACGACCGACUCAAAACUGCUGUAGAGCAGAGUAACUCGAACGCUAAGAAGUGUGAGACAGAGCUGCAGGCUCUGAGGGAGAGUAACGCUCGGCUGCUGGACGCUCUGCAGGAGGCUAACAGCAGUGUGGAGAACUGGAAAGCACAGGCAGCGGCCUGUCAGGAGGAGAACAACGCGCUGAAGAACAAGAUCGUGGAGCUGGAGCUGCAGUGUAAGGAGGUGAAUCAGGAGAAGGAGAGAAAUGCUCAGCUCACUCUCCGAGUACAGCAGCUGGAGACAGAACUGCAGGAUAAACAACAGGAGCUGGAGAAUCUGAGGAAACAGGCUGAGAUCAUCCCCCAGCUCAUGGCUGAGUGUGAGACCAUCACCGCCAAACUACAGGCGGCGGAGCAGUCCAGUAAGGAGUCCCGUGGGAAGGUGACGGCGCUGCAGGGCGAGGUGGAGGACAGUCAGCAGAAGCACACACACAUGAAGACGGAGCUGAAGAAGUUCAUGGACCUUCUGGAGGGAAAAAUCGACGAGCUGCACGAAGUGCGUCAGGGGCUCUCCAAACUCGGCAUCGACAACUGAACACACACCUCACAGCCGUGCUGGGCUCUCCACAGACUGCACCAGAGCCCACCAAGUGAUAUAACCCCCCCACUGCAGAUCCCCCAACCUGACCCCCUCCCCCAACAGACUCCCCUCCCGCCCCCAAAACCACAGAGCUGAACAGCUCCAAUAUUAGGAAGUGACAGCCAUAACUGUUUAUACUGUACCCACUAACACUAGGCUGUGUGUGUGUGUGUGUGUGUGUUAGUGUUAGAGUGUGUGUGUGUGUGUGUGUGUGUGUGUGUGUGUGUGUGUGUGUGUGUGUGAGUAAGGGCUGUGUGGUGUUUAGUUCAGUGAAGCUGCUGAACUGAGGGGACUGGUUGGCCUUGGAGUGAAUCGGCACUCAGCGAGGUCUGAAACCCGAUCCGACCCCAGUUGUACAUCAAAAUCUAAACCCUGAACCGGCUCACAUCACCAGCCAGAUCACCACUGAAGGUUUCCAGAGCUUUACUGUAUCGCUGAGAGCUGCAGUGAUGGAGCGUAACCGACGUAUUGAUUAUCAGUGUAACUGUUAUUGAACAGGGCUGAACAGCCCCCCCUCCUCUGAGCUGGAUUACAGCAGCUCUGAGUAAGUCUGUCUGAUUUUGAGCAAGAUCUUCAUUAACUUCUCGAAGAUGAUCACAGACGGAGUUAAAAUAAUUAUAAGAACAGUUUUACCACUUAUCACAAAGACAGACCACAACCAUGAAGAGGAAUCAGACAGGAAAGAAAACGAUAAAACACAAAUAUAUUUACACAGAAACCAAAGUAGAAAAGUCUUCGCUGAGUCCUCGGUCACACUCGUUCAUUUAGUGGCAGAAAUCGUGUCUUAACUAGUGACUAAUUAAUGAAUGCGCACAGAUCAGUAAACCUGCUGCCAUGGAAACACGAUGAUGCUGACUGAACAUCAUGAGCUCAGCAGUAAAACUAGUUUGUGGUGCAUCUCAUUCUGAUUUAGUGAUGAACUGACAACUGGCCUACGUCUGAACCUGGAUACAGCACUGCUGUUAGCACCGAAACCUUUCACGUUCCAGCUCCUCCUGCUCCACCUUACAUUAUAUGAAGGUUCUUUAAGCCUGGUUCUUUAGGGAAUCCAAUGUGGUCUCCAGUGGUCUCCACCCCUCCUCCUGGAGAUCUACAGGCAUCAACCUCCCAGACCAAACACGUCCUUGAGCUAAUCUGGGACGUCUGAAGGCAGAAGUGCUGACUAGAGUCUGCAGGACGGUGGAUCUCCAGGAGAAAAGUUGGUAUCCACAGCUGGAGAACCGCCCAGAGCACCGCCCCAAAGCCUGAAACUGUCUGACUGCGUCGGGUCGGGUAGCAGACCUCUCACACACACACACACACACACACACACACACACACACACACAUACACACACACACUCUCACGCUCACACACAUACACACACACUCUCACACAUACACACACACUCUCUCACACACACUCAC